UUAGUUUCAUUUUGACAUCGGACUCGUUCGGUUUGUUGCAGUUAAUUUCUCCACUCCGUGUGUUUACCUGAAAAUUAGUGACUUCUCUAUUUGUUUUGUGCCUACACCGACGAAAUCGUCCCAUUUCCGCCCUGCCGAGAAGAAAGAAUUAUGCCCCAACCCACAGAAAUCACCGUCACAUCUCCAUCACAGAACUUGUUAGCAAGAGCUCAAUAUGAUAAUAUAGCAGAUUCCCCGGAUGAAUUGGCGUUUCGGAAAGGAGAUAUCUUAGUGGUUCUUGAACAAAACACCAAUAACAUUGAAGGGUGGUGGUUGUGUUCUUUGAGAGGAAGACAGGGAAUCUGCCCAGGAAAUAGAUUACGUUUAAUUCCUGGAGUAUACGAAGACACGGGUCAAAGCAGAGAACCCUCCCCCCAAUUGACGGAUAUCCACGACAUCAAUUCCCUUCAGAAGCAAGGAAAGCGUAGAAGCUGGCACGUACAGCCAAACAAGGUAUUAACACCAAAACGUUUCAACGACGUCUAUCUUUACGACAUGCCCCAAUCGAGAUGUUCCCCAUCAAUGAUGACUUCAAACAUCAGUCCUAGAGAUCAAAGUAACGACUACGACAUUCUUCCAAAUAGACCACCGGUUCCGGUUCUUGAUAGAACAUCCUGUCCACGUUGUUCUCCAGCACCAUCUUGCACAUCCCCCGUAAUGGAUAGUUACGACGUCCCCCGCCCGCUUUUUCACCAUCAAAAUCAAUUAACACCAUCAAGUUCUGCAAGUUCAUUAACAGCGGAUUCUUUUAGUUCAUCAAAUCGAAGCAGCGUUGCAAACAUGCCUGAUUACGACAUACCCCGUCCGUUAAAUAAUAGGGGUCCGAUGUUGUUGUUGCAACCCUCUUCUUGUCAAGUCUAUGACGUCCCGCAAAGUCAACAACAAGUUAAAGAGUUACCUUUAGAGUUAACUUCGGCUUUGGAGACUUUGGAUAAAUUACAAGGCGAAACGAAAAGUGCUGUUUCAAGAUUGUUGAGUUACGUAGUUCCCGAAUGGAGGCAAAUGGGAAAGUUGGAACAAAAUUUGAUGGAAAUAAGAUUAGCCGUUGAGAGAUUGAGGACUUCUUUGCAUGAUUUAGCGGAGUUUUGCGAAGGGGCUUUAGGAAACGCUACAAAAGCCACCGAUAAAAAUUUACCGGCGAAAUUAUCCCCUUUAGUUGUCGCUUUAAGAAGUUCUGAUAAACUGGUGAAUGAAGCAGCCGAUAAAUUAAACCAAAUCGAUUGGUCUUUACACGUUUUAGCAAGAAACAACGAAAACGAAAAAUCUUACAAACCCGACGAACUCGAACAACUCAUCGCGUGCUCAAAAGCUUUAACAGACGACGUACGACAAGUCGCUUCUUUUAUUCAAGGAAAUAGCACGUUAUUAUUUAAAAAAGAUACAAUUAUCGAAUGGACCGAAGAUUACGAUUACGUUAGUUUAGAAUCAAAAGAGGCGAAUACAAAGAAACACGCCGAAAUUCGCGAGGCUCUCCCUCCAAAACUACAAAAAGGUUACGACACAUUAAUCAAAAACGUUAAUGAUUUAUCAUUAAACAACGAUCGACCUAAUUUGGAUCACGAUGAAAAACAAAUUUUACAAUUUUUCGCCACUCAAGCGAUCACGCAUCAUAAUUAUUUAACGCAAGCGAUCGAUGCUUUUCUUCAAACCGUCGAGCAUAAUCAGCCGCCUAAAGUGUUUUUGGCACACGGUAAAUUCGUCGUAUUAAGUGCUCAUAAAUUAGUUCAUAUCGGAGAUACGGUACAUCGAAAUAUUUCGCAAAACGAUUUGAAAAAUCAAGCGUUGAAUUGUGCGAACACUUUGUACGAAGCUUUAUCGACGAGCGUUCGUAAAACGAAAGAGGCAGCUCAACAAUUUCCUAGCGUAACGGCUGUUCAAGAAAUGGUUGAUUCGAUCGUUGAUAUUUCCCAUUUGGCUAGGGAUUUGAAAUUGUGUUUAGUUCAAGCAGCAAGUUCUUAAAAAAAAA